CUUCACAAUUAUGGAACAGUUUGGAUCAGGAGUUCAAACUUAGGUUUGAACUUCUUUCCAACAUGGUUAAGAAAUUGUACAAAAGGAAGAAGUUGAUUAUACAAAUGUAUAAUCCAUCUUCUUCGCCUUUGACAAUUAACGACGGCAGUAAAGAUCAAAAUAAAGAAACCAAUAAUGUUAUUUCGAUUGAAAAGAAAGAAGUAACUAAUGAGGAAAGAUUGGAGAUCGCCACCCAAUUAUUUCCGGCUUCACAAUUAUGGAACAGUUUGGAUCAGGAGUUCAAACUUAGGUUUGAACUUCUUUCCAACAUGGUUAAGAAAUUGUACAAAAGGAAGAAGUUGAUUAUACAAAUGUAUAAUCCAUCUUCUUCGCCUUUGACAAUUAACGACGGCAGUAAAGAUCAAAAUAAAGAAACCAAUAAUGUUAUUUCGAUUGAAAAGAAAGAAGUAACUAAUGAGGAAAGAUUGGAGAUCGCCACCCAAUUAUUUCCGGGUUUCUCGGAAUUUUUAUCAUAG